AUGGCUGCCCGACCAGACCCGACCGCGCUGCUCGCUAAUGCGGCAGUUCCAGCAUUCAAAUGCCCUCCCGGAACCAAGAUGCAUAUUCUGGAUCUUGGAACCUUACAAGUCGACGAGUCUUGGCUUCUCCGAGGUGCCAACGCAAGCUCCGUGAGCAACUUGAACCCAGAGAGCAAACGUCGUGAUCUGAUGGUCCUGUCGGCUCUUAUCGACUAUCCCGGGGUAGGACUCAUUCUGUUCGAAACGGGUUGUGCCGAGGAUAUCGAUAUGAAAUGGGGUGCCCCAAUCACCGAUAUCUUCCCACGAACCGAGUACUGUGAGACUCAAAAACUUCCCGCCGCGAUAAAAGCCACUGGAAACGACAUAAAAGAUGUCAAAGCGGUCAUCAUGGGCCAUCUCCACUUAGAUCAUGCAGGCGGGCUGGAACACUUCAUCGGAACUGAUGUGCCUAUCUACACGCAUGAGGAAGAAUUCAAGCACGCCUGCUGGGCGAAUCUGAACUGGACAACCUUUAAUGAAUCCACGGUGGAUUUGUUCCAAGGAAUUUCCAUCCACCAUUUGCCGGGACACACCCCGGGCCUAUGUGGACUGCAAAUCAACUUGGAGAAGGACGGAACUUUUAUCUGGACGACCGACCAGUUUCAUGUCAAAGAGAACUAUGAAAUCGGACACCCCCACGGAGGAUUGGCAAGAGAUCACAAUGCGUGGUAUCGGAGUUUGAGCCUGGUGCGGAGAUUACAGCGGCUUUUUGACGCGAAAAUAAUAUUUGGGCACGACAAGGAAGUUGCAAUGGGUUAUAAAUUGGCCAAGGAAUAUUACGAGUAG